AUGAGUUCAUCUUCAUCCAUUACGCCGUUCAGAGCUGCUACAGGCGUGACUCAGCUUGAGAACGACUUUUGGAGCGCCAAUCUCUACAAGGACUACUGCGUAGGUGCAGUACCAAAUGGCGGCUACGUGGCGAGCGUGAUGUAUCAAGCUGUGCAGAGUCAUGUUCGAAAUCUUGGCCUACGACAAGAGAUCAUCUCAGCUCAGCUUCAAUAUGUCAACCGUACUCAGAUAGGUGAAGCAACUAUCGCCAUAGAGAAAGUCAAAAGCGGUCGCGCAACCUCUACCUUUCAUGCAACUCUUCUACAAGGUCAUGACUCUCCAAAGUCGAAGGCAAGGAAGUGUGUGUUUGGCUACUAUGUGUGUUUGGCUCCGACAGCAGACGGCCUGACUCUCACUACCGACUGGAAACUCCUCCCUCCAGCCCCGCCUAUUGAUUUAGAGCGAGCUGCCAAGGGACUGGACCCAAACUGGUCGUUGGAGGCGUCCCGUAUUCAGAUCUCUCACUUGGCAACGCUGGGAUUUGUCCGCGCCGUGGAAGGAGCCUUUGAAUCGUACUAUCGGCGACAACCCGCUCGCAAAGGACUUGAAGACUCAUGGAUUCGACUAACAAGCGGUGAACGCUUCACCAACAACACAUUGUCCCUUGUUGUGGAUGCGAAGCCCUACGUCGUUGAAGGUUGGAGACCCUUACCAGAUAGUAAGAGCAGAGAGGCGGGAGCGGUACCUUUCUCCAGGAAUGAUCCAUUUUGGUACCCAACCCUUGUUAUGAAUCUGGACAUCAAGAAGGUCUUGCCACAGGAGGGUGUAGAGUGGCUUUUCAUCAGGACGGAAGCAAGGAAGAUUGAACAAGGGCGGCUUGACUUGCAGGUCACCAUCCUGGAUCAGGAAGGGGAUCUUGUUGCGCUUGCCAGCCAUAUCAACUUGGUACUCUCGGCAUCCCGAAAUCUGGGGGCCAAGAAUGUGAAGGAAGCCAAAGGGAAGCUAUGA